UAGCACAAAUGGAAACGAGUUGCCGAGUUAGGGCAAAGCCAAACUUCUGAAAGCUUCCGGAGUGGGACUGCAAGCAGUACUCAAUACUCAUAGAACACUCAUUUUCACUUGUAUUCUCUCUCUUUUUCGGAAUCUCUGGUGGUCUUUCAGAUCGGAUCCCCGAUAAAUGGCGUUGGCGUUCGAUGAGUUUGGUCGGCCGUUCAUUAUAAUUAAAGAGCAAGAGUCGAAGACUCGAUUGCGAGGCCUUGAUGCUCAGAAAGCUAACAUUGCUGCCGGAAAGGCCGUCGCUCGUAUUCUCCGCACCUCACUUGGCCCUAAAGGCAUGGAUAAGAUGCUUCAGAGCCCCGACGGCGACAUCACUAUCACAAAUGAUGGUGCAACAAUCUUGGAGCAGAUGGAUGUCGACAAUCAAAUUGCAAAGCUGAUGGUUGAAUUAUCUCGUAGUCAAGAUUAUGAAAUUGGUGAUGGAACAACUGGUGUUGUUGUCAUGGCUGGUGCUCUCCUUGAACAAGCUGAGCGGUUACUUGAACGCGGUAUUCAUCCUAUCCGGAUAGCAGAAGGAUAUGAAAUGGCUUCAAGGAUAGCUUAUGAACAUUUGGAACGUAUAGCACAGAAGUUUGAGUUCGAUGCCACAAACACAGAGCCUUUGAUUCAGACUUGUAUGACUACUUUAUCUUCCAAGAUUGUGAAUAGAUGCAAACGCAGUUUGGCUGAGAUUGCUGUCAAAGCAGUUCUGGCAGUUGCAGAUCUAGAGAGGAGGGAUGUGAACCUGGAUCUGAUCAAGGUAGAAGGAAAAGUAGGUGGAAAGCUGGAGGAUACUGAGCUAAUAUAUGGAAUCAUUGUUGACAAAGACAUGAGUCACCCGCAGAUGCCCAAGGAGAUACAAGAUGCAAAAAUUGCUAUUUUGACUUGCCCCUUUGAGCCACCUAAGCCAAAGACCAAGCAUAAGGUUGAUAUUGACACUGUGGAAAAAUUCCAAACAUUGCGUCAACAAGAGCAGAAGUACUUUGACGACAUGGUACAGAAGUGCAAGGAUGUUGGUGCUACCUUGGUAAUCUGUCAAUGGGGUUUUGAUGAUGAAGCAAAUCACUUGUUAAUGCACAGAAACCUGCCUGCUGUACGUUGGGUUGGUGGUGUUGAGUUAGAGCUGAUAGCGAUUGCCACAGGUGGAAGAAUUGUGCCAAGGUUUCAAGAGUUGACACCAGAAAAGCUAGGCAGAGCGGGUUUGGUUCGUGAAAAAGCAUUUGGUACCACGAAAGAUCGCAUGAUUUACAUUGAGCAUUGUGCAAAUUCAAGAGCUGUUACAAUUUUCAUUCGUGGUGGUAACAAGAUGAUGAUAGAGGAGACAAAGCGUAGCAUCCAUGAUGCUUUAUGUGUAGCUAGAAAUCUUAUCCGCAACAACUCUAUAGUAUAUGGUGGUGGUGCUGCUGAGAUUUCUUGCUCAAUUGCUGUGGAGGCAGCUGCUGAUAAGUAUCCUGGAGUUGAGCAGUAUGCCAUUCGGGCAUUUGCUGAUGCUCUGGAUUCUGUCCCCAUGGCACUUGCUGAGAACAGUGGGCUCCAACCCAUCGAGACUCUAUCUGCUGUAAAAUCGCAGCAAAUUAAGGAGAAUAACCCCUGGUGUGGGAUAGACUGCAAUGAUGUUGGUACAAAUGACAUGCGUGAGCAAAAUGUAUUUGAAACUUUAAUCGGGAAGCAGCAGCAGAUGUUGCUUGCAACUCAAGUUGUUAAGAUGAUCCUUAAGAUUGAUGAUGUCAUCUCUCCAUCUGAUUAUUGAUUUUGAGUUACAAGAGACUGUUUGUUUGUCUGCAAGAGUGCUGACAACUUCAACGAGUGAUCUCCUUUGGUUGGAUGAAUAGCAUUUAUGUUUUGACAUAUUUGCUUUAUAAUUGUUAGACUUUAUGUGAUUUAUGGAUUUGUAAUCCUUCGGAAGGUGCAUGAUUCUCUUCAUGAUCGUUAGACUAGUAUUGACACCAAUACUUAGCUGAGAAUAUCCAAGACGGUUUUUGUUUGUAAACUAAAAUGGUGCCUAUUGUUUUCUGUGACUGGUUACAUGAUGCCCCUUGUAAUCUGAAGUUGCAGAACCUAUGCAUCUUGCACUUAGAUCCUUGGAAUGUCUCCUCAAAAAAAAGAAAAAAAAAAA